AUUGUUAUUAUUAUUAUUAUGAUUCUAUUUUGGGUUUUAGAAAUAAAUCAAUUAUCGAAGUCUAAAAACGUACUCUGAUGGCGCUCUACAGCUGCACCUGGUGGCCGCCCGGGUCACGACAACAGUAGUAGCCGCCCUACAGUGGCCCCUGGUGGCCGCCCGGGUCAUGAAAGAAGUAGUGGCCUCCUUAUAGCGGCCUCUGGUGGCCGGCCGGGUCAUGACAGCGGUAGUGAACCUCAGAGACGUGCCGCGGCUGUCUAUUUUUUUGUCGUCUGUGCCUCGCCAAGUUACAACUGCAGGUAACAAUCCGGCUUGGUCAAAACAGAAAAACAGAAAGCGCAGGCAUGCCGAACCUCAAGCUGAUCUCUGCCACGGACACACAGUACUCUGCUGCUGUGCUGAGGUCCAUGAACGACCAAAGGAACCAUGGACUAUUCUGCGACGUCACGAUAAUCAUACAGGACAAGAAGUUCAGAGCCCACAAAACGAUUCUGUCCGCCUCCAGCACUUACUUUCACCAGCUCUUCUCCGUCGCCGGGCAGGUCAUCGAACUGAACUUUAUCAAAGCGGAAAUCUUUGAACAGAUCCUCAAUUACAUUUACAGUUCCAAGAUCACCCGCGUCCGAUCCGACAUGCUGGAGGAGCUCAUCAGCGCCGGAAAGAUACUGGGCGUCAAGUUCCUCGCCAACUUGGGGACGCUUUUGUCCCAAGUGAAGGGCUUACCCGGCCUGUCGAAAGACCCCGAGUGCAAGAGCGGCGCGUCCACCAAGGUGAUGCCCAUCAUCACCGAGUCCUUCUCCAUAUCGGCCGAGGAAUUUAACCAGACGUGCAAAUCUGCCGACGACGACGGGGACUCCGAUAACGACGACGUCAUGUUCGUCUCGGAAACGGAUUCCAAGAAGACGGAGGAGACUCCGAAGCCGGCGGUGAUCGACCUGGACGCCGGCGAGUCGGGAGACGCAGCGUCGGACAAAAAGCGGGAACCGCAAAAUACUGCGGGGGAGAUGAGUCCACCCAAAGCAGAGGACGCAGCGCUGUCCGCGUUGAAGGGGUCCCCCCAGGGGGUCCCGGUCUCCCGGCCCAACCUGAGCCCCAACACAUCCUCCAGCAUCCCCUGCCCCCCGGCCAGGAUGUCCUCCGGAGCCACGCCCACCACGCCGGUGUCCAGCCUGCACAGCCUCACCCCCGUGUCCCCCAACACGCCGCAGCCCUGCGACAGCAGCGACAUGAUGGGCGUCCACAAGAAGCAGGUGUGCACCACGGCCCAGCAGGGGGACUUUAAGAUCCGCCUCUCGGACAUGUCGUCCGGGGCCAACUUCCCCCAGGCGGCCGUGGUGGCCAAGAAGACCAUCACGCUGGACAAGGCCCUGGAGAUUGACGCCCUCUCGUCGGGGUGCAAGGUGUACGCCAACAUCGGCGAAGACACGUACGACAUCGUCCCCGUGAAGGAGGACCCCGACGAGGGCGGCUCCAAGGCGGCCAAGGGGAAGCGGGCGCUGAUGGCCACGCCCCUGAAGCCCUUCGAGGAGGGCAUGGCGUCGCCGACCGGCAGCCCCGGCAAGAAGAAGAUCAAGAGCGAGCCGGAGGACCACUACGAGCUCAUCAUGGACGGGAAGACCUUCUACGUGUGCAUGGUCUGCAAGCGACCCUACGUGUGCCUCACCAGCCUGCGGCGGCACUUCAACACCCACUCGUGGGAGAAGAAGUACCCGUGCCGCUACUGCAACAAGGUGUUCGCGCUGGCCGAGUACCGGACUAAGCACGAGGCGCAUCACACCGGGGAGAGGCGCUACCAGUGCCUGCUGUGCAACGACAUGUUCCUCAACUACCAGGUGCUGUCCACGCACUGCAAGCAGGCGCACAACCAGGACCCGUCGGGCCGCAAGGAGAAGGACGACACCCCCAACAACCUGUACCGCCUUCUGCCCUACAAGUCCCUCCCCACGCAGCCCUCGGGCUGGCCCGCCCACGAGGGCGGCGUCCGCAUGAUCGGGGAGGACGGCAGCGUGCAGCACGUCAUGGCCGGCGUGGGCGGCGGCGGGGAGAUGCAGUCUCCCACGCAGCAGAGUAAGGUUUUGAGCUGGAACGAUAUCUUUGUGGAUUCCGACGCCCGGUCGCGGCCGGGCAUGAACCCCCCGCAGCAGCAGCAGGGCAAUCCGGAGUUCGACUUUGUCAUCCCGGAGACCUACUGAGGGGGGAGAGGGGGGAGGGAGGGAGGGAGGGAGGGAGGGGGAGGGAGACUGGUAUCUGUGCCUUUCACAGCUUCUUACUCUUCAGUAGGGAUGCACCGAUUCCACUUUUUUUCAGACCCAAGUACAAGAACUUACGUGUGGGUACUCGCCGAUGAAGAGUACCGAUAAAAAUACCGAUACCGAAUGAAAAAUACCAUUACAGUUUAAAAAACUGUAAGAAAGAGGGGGGCGUGUUAUCGCCAUGGUUACAGCCCACGGCCACUUUGUGAUACUUUUUUAGUUCGGUCGUAGUGAUCGAGUGUUCUAAUGAGCGAUGAUGAAUGUGAAAUGUGCCACACGUUGCCCCUCUCUUCUCUAAAUUGAGGACUUAUUUCAGUUACAGGGAUAAAAUGGCAUUGAUUCCUAUGUCGAUGAUCAUAGAUAGAGGGUUCGCUAGUUGUUAAACGUUACGUAGCGUUGUGUAAAGUGGUAUCGGACGGUUGCAUCUAGGGCCUGACCGAUAUUGAUUUUUGACAUUUCUAAAAAAUAAAUAAAUAAAUAAAUCGGUUGUAAUCGGCGUCUUUUUGGCAGAUGUUGAUUAUUUUCAAAAAGGCUAUAAUCGGCCGAUUAAAUCGGCAGGCCGAUGAAUCGGUCGGGCCCUAGUUGCAUCUGAGAAGUUUGGCGAGAAAAUUAGCACAGUAUCGACAACAGUAUCGGGUCUGAGUCCUGGUAUCGUAUCGGUGCGUCCCUAUUCUUCAACAUUGUUUCUUACCCCCGCUUCGGGUCUUCCUUGAAGUGUUCUUGCUUUAGGCUCUCACUCACUGACAUCGUUAUAUCGUUUUUUUGUGGUAACAAUUAUGUUGUGUCAACUGAAACUUAUUAGUAAUAAAACAUUUUUUGUGUAGAACUUUUCAAAUCCACUGAAAAGCGUUGCAGACGCGUGAAUGCCUUCAAGAAAUUAUUUUACAUAUUACGAGUUAAAAAAACAUAACAAAAUCCAAAUAACAAAAAAAAACGUUUGUAAGAUGGUCUUUAGUUCUAACUCCACACUUAUGCAGAGCCUUACUUACUUGUGCUCUUGUUCAAAGCGCAUUAUUUUAUUAUGCGAUUUGAAUAACAUUCCUUGAAUUCUAAAGCAACCUCAAUUAUUUAGGUUAAUUUCAGUUCUUCCCCUGAACUUCACUGAAGUUCAGGCGUUAAUUCAAAUCAAUAUUGAUUUGAAUUGAAGGGUUUCAAUCUUUAAAUAUUACUUAUUUUUUAUCACCUGGCUCAUCACAGAUUGACUGUACUGUAAUAUGUUAACGUAUAAAUGUUUAUUAGGGCACCAGGAAUAAAUAUUGGUUGAUUAACCCGUGUUUCAGACUUCCCACUGUGAAAGGAUGACUCCAGCAUAAAACGAAAGUUGUAUGGAUUAAUGUUAUCGCACACAAUUCAUUGUGCUUUGAUUCAGUCCAGUCCCACAUUUGAACCAGGAAUGGCUUUGUUUUGAUUCCCUGUUAACCUCUUAUAGCCCAACUUAUCCUAUGUAAAGUUUGAUUGAUGUGUCUUUUGAAAAAAAGUAAAUAGUCCAAUGAGGUUUGCACUAAUCCAUCGAUUUUAAAAGACUGGUUAAACUAUUUCUUCAUUUUGAUUGAUCCCUACGGCCCUUCAGUGUUCUGUUGUGAGUCGCCCUAUAUGCUGGCCAUAUUCAUUCUUCCCUUCAUGUCAAACUGUUGUCCGUGCCAGACGCCCCCUGGUGGUAGUACCUGGGCUGUGAUUGUAUUUAAAGAGGUCGGUUUCAGAGGGCUACAAUGAUGUACGCUAGUCUGUAAAUAUAGCACUUAGUGAUAAUCAUGCAGUAAAAAAGACUAUUUUGGAAUACGUCUCAUGUAUUUGUCUGUUACAUUUUUGUGUUUUAUCAGGGUAGCAGUGUGGGUCAUGGAGUAGGUCUUAUUUCAUUCCAACGACUUAAUGUCAUUCAUUUGAGAUCUAGCAGGUUUAGGGUGAGACUAACCAAGGUAGGUGGGUGUUUUUUGUUUUUUUAUUGUGCCCAUGGCCUUUUUUAUUUUCUUUACUUGUCAGCGUUGUUCAUCUGAAAUGUAUUUAUAAGGUCUCGUGUGCUUUUGGCAUUAAAUAAACUCAAAACAUGUC